GUUCAUCCGCAAGAAUAAGCGAAGUAAUAUUAAUUAAAUGCGAAAAUUAUAUGAAAAUUGUGUAUUUUAUGAAUCAAUUAGGGAAAACUGAACAGCUAAAUUGUCGAGUAGUAAUUCUUUAAACGAAUUUCGGGUGAACAAGGAAAUAGAGAAAACAGACCAAAAUUGAAUUAAGUGCGCAUACUGUGGAUAAUUUUGACAAACAACAACAAUGACGACGGACAUUUCAAUUGUUCGAUGGGACCCUAGUCAGGGUCCAGGCAACGAAUAUAUCGACGAAUACGAAUACGAUGGCGGCAACUCCAGUUCACGCCUGUUCGAGCGUUCCCGUAUCAAGGCGCUAGCCGAGGAGCGUGAGAGUGUCCAGAAGAAGACCUUCACCAAAUGGGUCAACUCGCAUCUAUGUCGGGUUAACUGCCGCAUCUCAGAUCUCUAUGUGGAUAUGCGAGAUGGCAAACAUUUAAUCAAAUUACUUGAGGUCCUUUCCGGCGAACGAUUGCCGAAGCCGACCAAGGGUAAAAUGCGAAUUCACUGCCUAGAGAAUGUCGACAAAGCACUGCAGUUCCUUCGCGAGCAGCGUGUCCAUCUUGAGAAUAUUGGCUCCCACGAUAUUGUCGAUGGAAAUGCAUCACUUAACUUGGGCCUCAUUUGGACCAUUAUUUUGCGUUUCCAGAUUCAAGAUAUUACAAUUGAGGAGGUCGAUAACAAGGAAACGAAGUCCGCCAAGGAUGCUUUGCUGCUGUGGUGCCAGAUGAAGACCGCUGGCUAUCACAAUGUUAACGUAAGGAACUUUACUACAUCGUGGCGCGACGGCCUUGCCUUCAACGCCAUCAUACACAAACACCGUCCAGACCUAGUGCAAUUUGAGAAAUUGUCCAAGACAAACGCCAUUCACAACCUUAACAAUGCAUUUGACGUGGCGGAGGACAAAUUGGGGCUGGCCAAGCUGCUCGAUGCCGAGGAUGUGUUUGUCGAGCAUCCCGACGAGAAGUCCAUCAUCACGUACGUGGUUACAUAUUAUCAUUACUUCAGCAAGCUGAAACAAGAGACUGUGCAGGGUAAGCGCAUUGGCAAGGUUGUGGGCAUUGCAAUGGAGAACGACAAGAUGAUUCAUGACUACGAGCACUUCACCAGUGACCUGCUCAAGUGGAUCGAAACUACCAUACAGUCGUUGGGCGAGCGUGAGUUCGAGAACUCCCUGGCUGGCGUUCAGGGCCAACUCGCUCAGUUUUCAAACUAUCGCACCAUCGAAAAGCCUCCCAAAUUUGUCGAGAAGGGCAACCUGGAGGUUUUGCUCUUUACGCUGCAGUCGAAAAUGCGCGCUAACAACCAAAAGCCGUAUACACCUAAAGAGGGCAAAAUGAUUUCCGACAUCAACAAAGCCUGGGAGCGACUGGAGAAAGCGGAGCAUGAGCGGGAACUGGCGCUGCGCGAAGAGCUUAUUCGGCAGGAGAAGCUUGAGCAAUUGGCCGCUCGUUUCGAUCGCAAGGCAUCUAUGCGCGAGACUUGGCUGUCGGAGAACCAGCGCCUGGUCAGUCAGGAUAACUUUGGCUUUGAUCUGGCUGCCGUUGAGGCAGCUGCUAAAAAGCACGAAGCCAUCGAAACCGAUAUAUUUGCAUACGAGGAGCGCGUACUGGCCGUUGUGGCCGUUUGCGAUGAACUGGAGUCAGAGCGCUAUCAUGAUGUAAAGCGCAUAUUGCUACGCAAGGACAACGUUAUGCGUUUGUGGACAUACUUGCUGGAGCUCUUGCGUGCCCGCCGCAUGCGCUUGGAAAUCUCGAUGCAGCUGCAGCAGAACUUCCAGGAAAUGCUCUAUAUAUUGGACAACAUGGAGGAGAUCAAACAGCUGCUGAUGACAGACGACUAUGGCAAGCACUUGAUGGGUGUUGAGGAUCUGCUCCAGAAACACUCGCUAGUGGAGGCCGAUAUUAACAUACUGGGUGAGCGCGUAAAGGUCGUUGUACAAAACUCGCAGAAGUUCCUUAGCGACGACCCCGAAUCUUACAAGCCCUGUGAUCCCGAAAUUAUUGUCAGCCGCGUCCAACAAUUGGAGGAUGCGUAUGCAGAGCUGGUCCGCUUGGCCGUCGAACGCCGCAGUCGCCUGGAAGAGAGCCGCAAACUGUGGCAGUUCUACUGGGACACUGCUGACGAGGAGAACUGGAUCAAGGAGAAAGAGCAGAUUGUGUCUACGGAUGAGAUCGGUCAUGACCUCACCACAGUUAAUUUGCUGUUGAGCAAACACAAGGCGCUGGAGUCUGAAAUCACAUCUCACGAUCCUCAGCUGCAGAACGUUGCUAAGGUUGGUGCUGAGCUCAUCACUGAGGGCCACUUUGGAGCGGAGCGCAUCAAGGAUCGCUUGAAGGAGAUUCUCUCCAAGUGGGAUCACUUGCUCGACUUGACCAAAUAUCGCAGACAGCGUUUGGAAAAUGCAGUCGAGUACUUCCAAUUGUUUGCUGAUGCGGAUGAUGUGGACAACUGGAUGCUGGACACGCUACGCAUUGUUUCCAGCGAGGAUGUGGGUCGAGACGAGGCCAAUGUCCAAUCGCUGCUCAAGAAGCACAAGGAUGUUGCUGAUGAACUUAAAAGCUACGCCGAAGUCAUCGAUGCACUGCACAAACAGGCCGAGACCCUCAAGCUCAACGAUCCCGAAAAGGACAAUGUUGACAAACGUUUGGAGGCGAUCGAUACACGUUACAAGGAACUGACAGAACUCGCCAAGCUACGCAAGCAGCGACUCCUGGACGCUCUUAGCCUCUACAAACUGAUGUCCGAGGCAGAUGGUGUUGAGCAAUGGAUCAAGGAGAAGACCAAGAUGCUCGACACAAUGGUGCCUGGAAAAGACAUUGAAGAUGUCGAGAUCAUGAAGCAUCGCUUUGAGGGCUUCGACAAGGAAAUGAACGCCAAUGCUUCCCGCGUGGCCGUCGUUAAUCAAUUGGCCCGCCAACUGUUGCAUGUCGAGCAUCCGAACUCCGAUGAGAUACUCGAACGUCAAAAUCAUCUUAACCAGGAGUGGUCGACGUUGCGCGAAAAGGCCGAGGCGAAGAUGGAUGACCUGAAGUCGGCCCAUGGUGUGCAGACCUUCUACAUUGAGUGCCGCGAAACCAUCUCUUGGAUCGAGGAUAAGAAACGCAUACUCACAGAAACCGAUAGCCUGGAAAUGGAUCUUACUGGUGUUAUGACCCUACAGCGUCGCCUUAGCGGAAUGGAUCGCGACUUGGCUGCAAUCCAAGCCAAACUGUCCAGUUUGGGUCGUGAAGCCGAUAGCAUUGAGGCUGAGCAUCCAGAAGAAGCGCAGCUAAUACGCGAGCGUAUAGCCCAGAUCGAACUCAUCUGGGAACAGUUGACGCAGAUGCUAAAGGAACGUGAUUCGAAGCUGGAAGAGGCUGGUGACCUGCACCGCUUCCUACGCGAUUUGGAUCACUUCCAGACUUGGUUGACCAAGACCCAGACCGAUGUAGCUUCCGAGGACACCCCGACAUCGCUGCCCGAAGCAGAGAAACUCCUUAACCAGCACCAGUCGAUACGUGAGGAAAUCGACAACUACACCGAGGACUACAAGAACAUGAUGGAGUAUGGUGAACGUUUGACUUCUGAGGGCAGCACUUCCGACGAUCCACAGUACAUGUUCUUACGUGAGCGUCUAAACGCGCUCAAGGAUGGUUGGGAGGAGCUCCACCAAAUGUGGGAGAACCGGCAGGUACUCCUGUCUCAGAGCCUUGAUCAGCAACUGUUCAAUCGCGAUGCGCGUCAGACCGAAGUAUUACUUAGCCAGCAAGAACAUUUCCUCAGCAAGGAUGACACUCCUGUUAACUUGGAACAGGCCGAAAAUCAGCUUAAGCGUCACGAAGCCUUCCUCACCACCAUGGAAGCCAAUGACGACAAAAUUAAUACUUUGCUGCAGGUGGCCGACACCCUUGUCGAAAAGGAACACUUCGAUGCCGACAAAAUUGGCAAGCGCGCAGAGAAUAUUACUGGACGUCGCGAUGACAAUCGACAGCGCGCGCUGGAUCAGCACGAGAAGUUGAAGAACCAGGUUAAGUUGCAUGAAUUCCUGCAGGACCUGGAGGAGUUGGCCGAAUGGGUGCAGGAGAAGUACGUGACAUCCCAGGACGAGACCUACAGAAGCGCCAAGACCAUACACUCCAAGUGGACAAGACAUCAGGCCUUUGAGGCUGAAAUUGCAGCUAACAAGGAACGUCUUUACGAAGCAGAGAAGUCAGCCCAGGAGCUCUCGAAAGAGAAACCUGAGUUCAAGGACGUUAUUGAGCCCAAACUGAAGGAGCUGGCGAAGCAAUUCGAGGAUCUAGAAGUGCACACGAAAGAGAAGGGCGCCAUGCUAUUUGACGCCAACCGUGAGGUGCUCGUCCAACAGACGUGUGACGACAUUGAUUCGUAUAUCACUGACCUGGAGAAACAGAUUGUCAGCGGAGAUACUGCCAACGACUUGACAUCGGUCAAUAUACUCAUGCAGAAGCAACAAGUCAUCCAAACACAGAUGGCCGUCAAGGCCCGACAGGUGGAGGAAAUUGACAAACAAACUGAAUACUUACAAAAGACCGUGCCUGAGGAGAAGAUCGAACCCAUUGUGGUGAAAAAGACAGCCGUACUCGAGCGCUUUGAGAAGAUCAAAGCCCCAUUGCUAGAGCGUCAGAAGCAGCUGGAGAAGAAGAAGGAGGCCUUCCAGUUCUGCCGCGAUGUCGAGGAUGAGAAAUUAUGGAUUGACGAGAAACUGCCAGUUGCAAACUCAAAUGACUAUGGAAACUCAUUGUUCAAUGUCCACGUCCUGAAGAAAAAGAACCAGUCGUUGGCCACAGAGAUUGACAACCACGAGCCACGCAUCAUGGCUAUAUGUAACAAUGGACGCAAACUGAUCGACGAGGGCCACGAGGAUGCUAAGAAGUUCGAGGCUCUUAUUAGCGACCUAACACAGAAGUGGCAAGAAUUGAAGGAUGCGAUCGAGAAUCGCAAGAAGCAUUUGUUGGAGUCCGAGAAGGUGCAACAGUAUUUCUUCGAUGCCCAGGAAGCUGAGUCCUGGAUGAGCGAACAGGAGCUCUACAUGAUGGUGGAGGAUCGCGGCAAGGAUGAGAUAAGCGCACAGAACCUAAUGAAGAAGCACGAAAAUCUAGAGCAAUCGGUGGAGGACUAUGCCAACACCAUUCGCCAGCUUGGCGAGGUUGCGCGCCAGUUUAGCAGCGACGAUGUCUCCAGCGGUGAUGCGGUUGCCGUGAAACAAUCGCAGUUAGACAAAUUGUAUGCCGGUCUUAAGGAUCUAGCGGGUGAGCGACGAGCGCGGCUCAAUGAGGCCCUGCAACUGUUCAUGCUGAGUCGUGAAGUUGACGAUCUGGAACAAUGGAUUACGGAUCGUGAGGUUGUUGCUGGCUCGCAGGAGCUGGGACAGGACUACGAUCACGUCACCUUGCUUUCCGAACGCUUCAAUGAAUUCGCACGUGAUACCGAAGUCGUUGGUGGCGAGCGCGUUGCCAAGGUUAAUAGCAUUGCUGAUAAUCUAAUACAGGCGGGCCACUCGGACUCUGCGACCAUUGCCGAAUGGAAGGACAACUUGAAUGAAUCGUGGCAGGACCUGCUUGAACUUAUCGAAACUCGCACUCAGAUGUUGGCCGCAUCAAGGGAGCUUCACAAAUUCUUCCACGACUGCAAGGACGUGCUCGGCCGCAUUCUCGAGAAGCAACAUGGCGUCUCCGAUGAACUUGGCCGCGAUGCUGGCUCCGUCUCGACCCUUCAGCGCAAACACUACAACUUCCUGCAGGACCUCACCACACUCUACUCGCAGGUGCAACAGAUCCAAGAGGAGUCCGCCAAAUUGCAGGACGCCUAUGCCGGUGACAAGGCAAAGGAAAUAACCAAUCGCGAGCAGGAAGUUCUACAUGCCUGGGACAAUCUGCAAGCUAUGUGCGAUGCACGCAAACAAAAGCUUGCCGACACCGGUGAUCUGUAUAGAUUCUUCAAUAUGGUGCGCAUCCUCAUGAUUUGGAUGGAGGAUCUAGUGCGCCAGAUGAAUACAUCGGAGAAGCCGCGCGACGUUUCCGGCGUCGAACUGUUGAUGAACAACCAUCAGAGUCUAAAGGCCGAAAUCGAUACGCGAGAAGACAACUUCGGUGCAUGCAUAUCCUUGGGCAAGGAGUUGCUUACCCGCAACCAUUACGCGUCCGCUGAUAUUAAGGACCGUCUUCUACAGCUAAGCAAUAGUCGCAAUGCGUUGCUCAGACGUUGGGAGGAGCGAUGGGAGAACCUGCAAUUAAUCCUGGAGGUCUAUCAGUUCGCCAGAGAUGCUGCCGUUGCGGAGGCUUGGCUUAUUGCACAGGAGCCGUACCUGUUGUCUUCUGAAUUGGGACACACAAUCGACGAAGUUGAGAACCUGAUAAAGAAACAUGAAGCAUUUGAGAAAUCUGCAGCCGCGCAGGAAGAGCGCUUCAGUGCACUUGAGCGUUUGACAACAUUUGAGCUUAAGGAAAUGAAGAGGCGUCAGGAACUAGCGGAAGAAGCAGAACGGCUGCGAAUCAAGGAGGAAUUGGAGGCUAAGGCUGCAUCCGAAGCGGCGGAGCAAGCCAAACGUGAGGCUGAGCGACGUGAUGACGUCGACGUGGGCAUCACCGAUGACACAGCAGACACUGCCGACACAGCAGUGGAUAUCGAACGGGCUGUUGAAACACAAACAGAACGUGGCGCCGCACCUGUUCCUGGUGAGGGCCAGGAAGGCUAUCUGACACGAAAACACGAAUGGGAGUCGACCACCAAAAAAGCCUCGAACAGAUCGUGGGACAAGGUUUACAUGGCUGCACGAGGCGGUCGCAUUUCCUUCUUCAAGGAUCAGAAGGGUUACAAGAGUAAUCCCGAAUUGACCUUCCGCGGAGAACCAAGCUACGACCUGCAGGGCGCCGCCAUUGAAAUUGCCAGUGACUAUACCAAGAAGAAGCAUGUCUUAAGAGUCAAGCUCGCCAGUGGUGCUGAGUUCUUGCUGCAAGCCCACGAUGAUAACGAAAUGUCACAGUGGGUAUCUUCCCUAAAAGCCCAAAGCGAUUCGGCAGCUGUUGCAGCAAGCAGAUCCCAAACUCUGCCAGCUACUUCACAAAAGGACGAACCAAAGCGCAGAUCGUUUUUUACUUUAAAGAAAAAGUAAAAUAAAAAGUAAUAGGAGCGAAAAAUGCAAAAACAAACAAAAAACAACAACAAAUAAAUACAAAAUAUAUAUUUUUUUCAUAUAUUUAAUGCAAGAACCUUAUUUCAUAAAAACUACCAGAAAAAAAUGAAUGAAAGAAAAGAGCAAAGUAAAAAAUUAUUAUGCUUAUCAAAUUUGCACGAUAAAUACUGCUAUUAUUGAUUAAACGUAUGUAUCUUAUUUAUUUAAACAAAUACAAAGUAAUAUAAAGAUUAAAAACAA